AUGGAUUAUGCUAGUCGGACGUCUGCAGUAGAAAAAGUCGUUAAUGAUAUGCGGAAAAGAGAUAGUCUAUUGACUCUUCGAGGUUGGAGAGAUGAGGUUUACACAAUAGCAGCCUCUUAUAAUAGUCCUCCAUUAUUUGCUAUGGAAAGAGCAGCCACAAGUGCCUUUGGUGUUCGAGUAUAUGGAGCUCAUGUUAAUGGCUAUGUAGUUGAUGAAAAUGACAAUUAUUUCUUAUGGAUCGGUCAACGUUCGAAAACUAAACAAACAUUUCCUGGAAUGUACGAUAAUCUGGCAGCUGGUGGUAUUGGAAAUGGUCUCAGUCCGACGGAGACAAUGAGAAAAGAGUGUGAAGAAGAAGCGGGUAUACCAGAAAACUUAUUGAAAAAUUUAAAAUCAGUAGGAGCAGUAAGUUAUUGUUAUGAAGACGAAAACGGUGUUCAUUGGGAAGGUGAAUUUAUUUAUGAUUUAAAACUACCAAAAAGUUUUAUUCCAAAAGCUGCCGAUAAUGAAAUGGAAAGGUUUCAGUUAUUGUCUAUAUCUAAAGUUAAAGAACUCGUAAUCGCUGAUAAUUUUAAACCAAAUUGUGCUUUAAUAACAUUGGAUUUUUUAAUGCGUCAUGGAUUUAUUACUCCUGAUCAAGAACCAGACUAUUUUUUUAUAUUGGAAAAUAUGCACAAGUCUGGUUUAUGA